AUGGACGCGAAGGACAUACUAGGGUUGCCCAAAAGUGCAUUGUCUAUACAAGAGAAGAAGUCUAAGCCUCCCAAAGAAUCUCAGAGAAAACCAGAUGGCAUAUCGCGCGAGGUUUACGCUCUUACAGGUGGAUUGGCUCCUUUGAUGCCCGCCAUUGAUGUGAAUCAAUUGAAACGUAAAGCCCAAGCUGGCGGCGAUGAGAAGAUUACUUGGCAAUGGCUUCCAUUUACGAGUUCUGCCAGGAAAGACGACCUGCAGCUUUUCCAUUGGGUUCGAGUGGUAAAUGGCAAUCCACCAACCGGUGACUAUUCAUUUGCAAAGUAUAACAAAUCUGUUGAUGUAAUCAGGUACACGGAUGAGGAGUAUGAAAAGCACUUGACUAAUCCUGCAUGGACCAAGGAAGAGACAGAUCAACUGUUUGAUUUGUGUGAAAGAUUUGAUCUCCGUUUCAUUGUUGUAGCUGAUAGAUUUCCAUCAUCAAAAACUAUUGAGGAACUUAAGGAUCGAUAUUAUAGUGUUUCUAAAGCUCUCUCUAUUGCUAGGGCUCCAUCUUCUGUAGACGUUGCUGGGGCUCCACUCGUAAAGGAGCCUUAUAAUGCUUCUCAAGAAUCUGAAAGGAAACGGGCAUUGAACUUGUUGCUCUCGCAUACAAAGCAGCAAGAGCGCAAAGAUGUUGAGGUUCUUGCUCAUGCAAAAAGAAUAACUGAAGCUCGAAAGACUCUAAAGGCUCCUGUAGAGCCAGAGUUACCAAUCUUAGCGGAUAGUGGACCACUUGGUGCUGAUAAGGUUGUUACUGCUGGUGGCACUUUUGCCCCUUCAUCAAAUCCUCAGAUUCCCCCUUCUACUACAACUGUGUCAGAAACUGCUUCAGUUAUGGUUUCCCUUCGCAUGCUACGUGUGUACUUACGGACAUAUGCUCUUGACCAAAUGGUCCAAGCUGCAAGUUCAUCAGCGGGGCUUCGAACUAUCAAACGGGUUGAGCAGACUUUGCAAGAUCUUGGGGUGAAUUUGAAACCUAAGGUUCCCACAAAGGCUGUGUGUGCGGAGCAUCUUGAACUAAGAAAGGAGAUACUAACCCUUUUGAAUCUUCAGAAACAGUUGCAAUACAAGGAGGCAGAGGGAUCAUCAUUUCGUGAUGGUUCAUAUACUGAAACUCCUGGUACACCUCCUAAGCAGUCACUACGAGCAGCAGAGCUUGAUCGGACAUUUACGCCCGAUUCCGUUAGCAUUGGAGGGGAAAGAUUUGGUAAAAGGGAACAAAAGCGCAAGGGGCCGGGGAGAGUUUCAGAAGCCCCAUCAUCACCUGCUCAGACCAAGAGGCCCCGUAAAUACAAAGCUUCAGACUAA